GCUCGAAGCAGGGAGGGGAAUGCCGUCAGCGUCAUCAGGCACGCUUAAACGUCCUAGUUCCAUGUUGCUGAACAUUAUUGGGUUUUAUGUUAUUUCAGGAUUCUCUCUUUGAUAUAAAUGUAUGAACCAAUAUUAGAACUGAACCCGAAAAAAACAUUAAUGCCGUAAUGGGUCACGACCAAGUCAGUUGAUGAUCUCAACAUCUGAGAUACUGACGCUUGGAAAUAUUGUGGCUUUUCAGCCGCUGCAGAAUGAAACACCGAGAUGUUAAAUCAGAGCUUAAGAUCAGUGAAGUAGGUUUGUUGAGGAACAUGGAUAGGCAUAUAAUAAUAUUGACUGAGCUGUGUUGCACCACCACUCCGAAGUGUUACGAAUUCACGGAAUAAAUAUUUACGCGGGAGUUCCCUAUGCCUACCUUUUAUUAAAAUCGAAAGUAAGAAAGACGGAACUGCCCGAGACAAAUUGCACGACCACAGAGAUGUUUCCGUUCAACUCAAGCCUACAGCAGUCCUGUUUUGUGUGAAACUUCUUUUCGAUCUAGGAAGUUGCCUGCGCGAAAGACAUCGAAUGGAAUUACACUCAAUUGACGACUCCAACCUGGAGUUAUGGAAGGAGAUUGGCAAAGGAGGAUUUGGGCAAGUCUUUAAGGUCAGACACAAACAAUGGGGAAUACCUGUUGCUGUCAAAGUGUUGCACCAAAGUGACAGCAUGGCUUUCACUAAGGAAGUGCAUGUCAUGUGCAAGGCCAACAGUUCUCAUGUAGUUCAGAUCAGAGGGAAGUACAUUGGCCAUCCUCCGGGCAUAAAGUCCGUUACUCCAGUGCAAGGCCUGGUGAUGGACUACAUGGAGAGAGGAUCAUUGGAUUCCCUUCUGGAGCACCUAGAUGGGCCCCCACCGUGGUCCCUGACUCUCCGCUUUGCACAUCAUGUGGCUGUUGGCCUGAAUUUUCUCCAUGGACUCAACCCACAAGUUCUUCACCUUGACCUCAAACCCAGCAAUGUGUUGUUAGACUGCAGGCUCAAUGCCAAGGUUACAGAUUUUGGCUUAGCCAAGAUUCUCAGUGGCACUUCUUGUUCCAGCAAAGAAGAAGGUGGGACAACUAGCUACAUGCCCCCAGAGGCCUUUGACUUGAGUUGCAAACCCACACCUGCUUCUGAUGUUUAUAGCUAUGCUAUACUUCUCUGCUCCAUCCUCAGAGGAGGGCAGCCCUAUCCCAAUCUACCCUAUAUGUCCUCCUUGCUGAAGUUUCGUAUUCCUGAGGGAGAUCGGCCUGAACUGGAUAAACUGGCUUUAGGAGAGGCAAAGGGGCUGCAGGAACUAAUCAACCUCAUAAAGAAAUGCUGGGAUAAAGACCCUCUGGCCAGGCCCUCAUUCUCCGUCUGCAUGCACAAAGUUGAGGGAUUGCUGGAGCCGCUUAAAUGUGAAAUCGACAGUGAUGUGCACAAGGUUCUGAAGUCACUGGACUCAGAUGAAACUCAAAUUGAGAAGCAAAUGGGUACCUUGAACCUCUCAGCCUCUCUGAAGUCACGUACUGAGAACCCAAACACCGUGAAACCCAUUAAGAGUGACUUGGGCCCUAUGCAGGAUUUGCCUGGCAGUUCUGCCAGUCAGCGUGGUGACAAAGGCACUCCAGCCCUUCCGGUAUCAACCAGACAAAUCAGCAUCAGAGCUUCCAAUGUUUCUGGGGUACAGAUUGGUAAUAACAACAACAUGUUCAUCCAGAGAUCCGGUCGUCACAGACACAGAACAGCACCCUCCUAGUCUCUGCAUCCAGAGGUCCAGAAACUGUGAUCACCUGCCCUGGAGCAGGGGAGGCUUUUACUGUUGUCAUGGCUACUGAGUUACUUUUGCAAAACUUCCACAUGGGUCCCAGUGCUGAGUGUAAGCUGUACCUGCAUUAGGAGCAUCAGCACGUAUCUGCACAAGUUCUUGAAAUGACCUGCAGCCCUGGUGCUUAGUGAAAGGAGCAGAAAUCAACGACAUUUUUCAGACAAAAACUUAACUAGCUUUUUAGUUUUUUUAUGAUUGUCAGAAUAAGAUAACGGGUAUCAUUAAUUGCCGUGUUUUGAUGUGUCUGUCUGUUGGUUAACUUUCUGUUACACAAACAUGAUCAAACAGUAUGAGUUUGUUAGUAAAGCACAGUUGCACACCCACAGGCUGAAUAGGUUAUGCUGCCGUUUGAAGUCGUAUUUAAUAGCAAAGACAUAACCAAAAAUAAGGAUGACAUCCAUUUUUCCACUGCCCAACCAAGCUGGCAAGCAAAACGGUUGUCAUGAAACUCCAUCGCACUUCACAGUACAAAUACACAUUGACAUUGCUUAAAUUGUCAAAGACACCAGUGAAAUAUAAUUGAAAGAAGUUCUGGUGAAGUAUACCAGAACCCACUUACACCAUGCAAACAUUAGAACACUCUUUGUGUUAUCAGCAAUAAAUUCUGCAGCCGAAGAAAA